AGACUGCCAAAGUGUAUUAAUUAUUAAUUCGUUGUUUUUCUGAUGGAUGAUUCUGCAGUCGAAUUAGAAGAUUGGUCAGUUGAUAGCGGAAUGGAUUCGGGAAAUAGCAAAGAUGAAACUCCGGAACGAAAAUCUGACGAGUUGACAGGAGUCGUGGCAAAAUCUACAGAAAAUUAUGACGAUGAGCCUGAUGAAACAUUGGCAGAACGUCUUAUAGGUUUAACUGAAAUGUUUCCUGAACCCGUUCGUAAAGCAGUAUCAAAACUUACAUACAACUCUUAUAGAGGAGUAAAAGGCUUAUAUGCUUUCUCGUGUGCAGCUACAUGGCUCUUUUUUAGUUCAUCAAUUAUUUUAUUUGCACCUGUUAUGUUUGAAGUAGAGAGGGCACAAAUGGAACAAAUGCAGAGAAGCCAACAAAAACAGGUCUUAUUAGGACCUGGAUCCGCCAUGCCAAUGCCACGAUAGAUUUUAGGAUAGGCUGUAAUGUGAACCUUAGAACUUUAUGAUUUGGAUUAAAAAUCAUAUUGCAUUUUUGAACUAUCAUUUAUAUGUUUGUUUAUAUAGAUUACUAAAAAUUUUAAUGGUUGCACAGUGCAUAACAUAAUAUAUUAGGUAGUUGAAAGUUGUAUUUGAAUAUAGUGUAAAUGUUAUAAAUAACCAUGAUUCUUUUACUAGUUG